AAAAUACACACUUUCCGAUUCACGAAAUUAAAUAAUCUCAUUAAAAGUAAAUAGAAUAGGAGAGAAAUAAUGACACAGGUAAAAAAAAAAAAUCCUGAUGUGAAUUACAUGGAGCCACAUAAAAGAUACAAAGCCAAAACUUGAAGGCAACUCAGCAUUCGCAGAAAGUAAACAUUGGAGGAAGAUACGAAAGACGUUUCCUCAUUUGGAAUCAUGCAUUUUGUGGUUGCAAACAUCCCAGAAGUAUUCCGAACACCAGAUUUACGUAAUUAUUUCUCGCUGUUCAUAGAAAAAGAAGCAUUUAUCUGCUUCCACUUCCGACACCGUCCCUGUAAACAGUUUCGAGAACUCCUUCUCUCCAUCAGUCACAGUCAAAAUGAAAGCGAAACAGAUAUCCAAAGUGCGUCGAGUAAGGUUAAGGAAAAGGAAAAUACUCCAGAUGAAGAUGAGACUAUGCCAGUGAAUGAGUCAGACACCACCGAUGCAAAUGACAGACCAAACGCAACUCACUGGCUCUCCUCAGGUCUCUCUGGUCUCUCUUCAUUAAUCAAUGAAAAAAAGAAAAAGGCGCAGGAAUCAAAAAGUGGGUUCGAAAAGAUGGGAAUUGAUAAAUCUUUGGAACUGGGAUCUGGUAUACAUAAAGAAGAAAUUACAAAAGAAACAGCAGGGCACAGUCCAGCAGAAAUCUCAAGUAUAUUAAAAGUGUUGGAAGUCCUUGAGUGUGCAAAGGGAACAUGUUCUGUCGUAAAUGUUAAAGACUCAAAAGCUAAAGGUUUUAUGGAGUUUUACAAUAAUAAGCAUUUUGUGGACAGAGACGGUAAUGUUCAUCCUUUGAAGUGCCUUAUUCACAGAUUGGAUUUAAACAAAAAUGUACUGAAAGAAGAUGAUUACAUGACUAGGAAGGAGCGUAAUUCCAAGCGACUCAACUGCACGACAGCAGUUGACCUGAUAGAAUUCCAUCCACCCCCUCUCAUGCCUCAGGGAAACAUUGGCACACCAACCAUGCACUUCCAGUCCCUUAUCAGGUCGUGUGAGUUGCCAGGAUCCAUUAUCAAAAAACUCGGGCUAGUAUUUCCACGGAGCAAAGGCAAAAAGAAAUAUGGACAAGUACCCUUUAACUAUGGCACUGAAGUCAUCAAACCCAAGAACUCAACUGAUACAGGAGAUGGUGUGGCAUUCACUGCAUCAGGUCAUCUGAUACCAUCAUCUGCUGAUUUUACAAAAGUGAUGAAGAAACUAGGUCAGAGAAAGAGAAGUCGUCAGCCGCAACUGGAACUGCAAGAGGAAGAGGAGGAUGGAGCAGAGGUAGAGGAGUGGGAGAGGUAUGAGACCUACCACAAUGAUGUAACCAGCCAAGACCGCACCAAGGAGCGACUCUAUGAAAAGGAAAUAGAGCUGGUGUGGGAGAAAGGAGGGCCAGGACUUGUUUUUUACACCGAUGCCCAAGUCUGGAGAGAACAAGAAGGGGACUUCGAUGAACAGACUGCUGAUGAAUGGGAUGUUGAUAUGUCUGUCUAUUAUGAUAAAGGCGCUGGGGACAAAGAUGCACAAGACAGUGUGGGGAUGGUUCAGAGUGACCAGCUUCGUUCCGGCCAUCUUGCAGAGUCUGCUUUUAAGGCUCCAGCAGACCCUCCCAAGGAGAGAGAGGGAAAACUGCCAUCAAAAGGAAGGAAGAAAGGUCCUAAACCAGCACCAAAGAUUGGAGAGUUUGAAGCUCACACUCGUGGCUUUGGUAGGCGUUUGAUGGAAGCGCAAGGUUGGAAGGAAGGCAAAGGGUUGGGGCGCAACUCUGCAGGACUCCCCUAUGCUAUUGAUAGUGAUGGGCAACAUCCACGUAACAAAAAAGGCCUAGGAUAUUAUGGGGAAAAGCUACAAGGCUGGGGGGGUAGAAAUUCUACCUCCACCUCCACUGCUACCCGUCGACAGAAGCAGAGACGCACAGAAGGACCAGAGCCCCCAAGAAACAGCAAGUAUCCACGGCAAGGCGUGCUUACUCCUGGACCAGCUCCAGAGACUGAAGGCCACGAUGUGCACAUUUCCACUGUUUUUGACCGGCCACAGGAAGAGGACCCCCCUGCACCACCUCUUCGAACACAAGAACCUACAACACUCUCAUACCGCCAGAACUAUGUCACUUUUACAAAAGGUUCAGAAGAUUCCGAUUAACAAUGAACAUGAAAGUGAACUGUGAUGAGCAAGGAUGAAAUAGAUAGGAAAAUGUUUCUAUAUGAUUUUUUUUAUUUAUUAUGGAUGAUGAUAUAUUUUAUUCUUUGGAAGAAAGAUAAUAUAGAUAGGAAUAUGUUGCUAUAGGAUUUUAUAUUGUUAUUUUGAAGAAAGAGAAUAUAGAUAGGAAUAUGUUGCUAUAUGAUUUUAUAUUAUUAUUCUUUUGAAGAGAGAUAUUAUAGACAGGAAUAUGUUGCUAUAUGAUUUUAUAAGUUUAGUGGAUAUUAAUAUAUUAUUACCAUUUUUUA